AUGCUGUCCCGCACAAUCGCCUGCCGGGGCGCGCAACGAGCUGCCCGCCCGCUGUCGACGACGCAGAGGCGCGCGCUCGCGGCCCCGGCCUCGGGCUCCUUCCAGUACCAGUCCGGCGAGGCCAAGGGCGUCAAGUUCGCCAGCAGGGACUUUGCCGGCCCCACGACCACGCUCGCCCUCGUCGCAAAGGCCGGCACCCGCUACGAGACGCUGCCCGGCCUGACCGAGGGCCUCGCCAACUUCGCGUUCCGGGCCACCGAGCGAAGGUCCACCCUGCGCAUCGUCCGCGAGUCGGAGCUCCUGGGAGCCAGCCUGACAGCCCACCACUCGCGCGAGAACCUGGUCCUCGAGGCCAAGUUCCUCCGCGACGACCUGCCCUACUUUGUCGAGCUGUUUGGCGAGGUCGUCAGCCAGACAAAGUACCAGCCCCACGUCUACAACGAGGAGGUGCUCCCCUUGAUCCACUUCGCCCACACCCGCUUCAUCAACAGCCCCAUCGAGAUGGCCAUCAACUCGGCCCACAGCCUCGCCUUCCACCGCGGCCUCGGCAACUCGACCGCCUCGGCCUCGCAGACACCCUACACCAAGUACCUCGACGCCGAGACCAUCGAGCACUUCUCCAAGAGCGCCUACGCAAAGUCAAACUUCGCCGUCGUCGCCAACGGCGCUGACCACGCCGAAUUCUCCAAGUGGGUCGGCCAGUUCUUCGACAGCGUCCCCGCCUCGCCCGCCCACCAGCUCACCCAGGGCGCCGACCAGACCAAGUACCACGGCGGCGAGGAGCGCCUGGCCCACGACGGCGGCAACGCCAUGGUCAUUGCCUUCCCCGGCUCCAGCUCCUUCACCGGCCAGUUCUACAAGCCUGAGAUCGCCGUCCUCGGCUCCCUGCUCGGUGGCAAGUCGGCCGUCAAGUGGUCGUCCGGCUUCACCAUCCUCGGCCAGGCCAAGGCCACCCCCAGCACCCAGGUCAACACCACCAGCGCCAUCUACUCGGACGCCGGUCUCCUCUUCACCUCCAUCACCGGCUCCGCCUCCAGCGUCGCCGAGACCGCAAAGGCCGCCGUCGAGGCCAUCAAGAAGAUCGCCUCGGGCGACAUCUCCAGCGAGGCCAUCGCAAAGGCAAAGGCCGCCGCCAAGUUCAAGGAGCUCGAGAACGGCCAGGACAUCCGCGCCGGUCUCCAGCUUUCCGGCAACGGUCUCGUAAACAACUCCCAGGCCUACCAGAUCGACGAGGUCGCCAAGGCCAUCGACGGCGUAUCAGAGGAGGCUGUCAAGUCGGCUGCCAAGACAUUACUCGAGAGCAGGGCCUCUGUCUCUGCGGUCGGUGACCUCUUCGCGCUGCCGUACGCUGAGGAGCUGGGUCUUAAGGUGUAA